AUGCCUGACGUAAAACAAUGUUGCCAACUCGAAGGGUGUACUCGUGCAGUCUCUACACGCUGUUAUUGCUGUAACAAAAAUGUUUGCACGCGACAUUUUACUGAACACGUCGAGGCAGUACGAGCGCAGAUCGAUCCUCUCGCCGAAACGCCUAGAGUUCAGCUUGAUCAAUGGAAAGCUGACAUGUAUCAGUUAGUCGAUUACAUUUACUUUGAAAAAAGUCAAGAGAUAGACAGUGUACUUGAGCAGAAUAAAGAAGAGUUUGUCGAUCAUAAAAAACGACAUCUGGAGAUGAUCAUGAAGAUCCAAGAUGAUGAUGCAACGUUCGAGCAAGUUCAGCUCGUCAAAGCACAGUUAACUAAUGUUGAGAAAACUAUGUUAAACCCAGUAGUGAGAUUUCUUCGUGUUUUUGUUUAUGAACGAGAUCACUUGAUAUGUCAAAAUCCGAGUUCAGAUGUAAAUGAUCAUGCAAAUACGAAGACCAAUGGAAGACCACAUGCUGCACAAGCUCCAUUAUCACCUUUUGACGGCGGAUUCGGAUGCUCUUCGCUGAGAAAUCCAAAACCUACGCUUUUCAGCCCUACUACAUCAACAACAACCAUAUCGCUUCCAAUAUUUGGCUUUGGAGCUCCAACGCAUGGCACAGUUGCACUUGCACUCUUCGGUUCAGUCUUGGCAACAAAAACAGCAACAACAACAACAACAACAACAUCGUUAUUUUCAUUUGCUGCACCCACUGUUCAAACAUCAACAUUUGGCAGUAUUAAAAGUGAAACUUCUGACUUUUCAUUCUGUUCACAACCGGCGAUCACACCUCCCCUUACAGUUUCAACUUGUGAAAAUAGAGAUGUAACCAUAUAA